GGAUCUCGCGUUUUAAGUCAGUACCACAGUUUCCAGUGUUCGUCGACAGAAUCGCACCAGAAAAAUUGUUCAACAUGAACGCACCGUUUUACGUAAGUGCCGGUCAAGACGAGCGUUUUUUUAUAUAAACGAGUACUUUUUUUUUGUACGGGAAAACGAUUAGUGAAAUUUAAAAAAAAAAAAAAUUAGAUCUAGUUGUUGUAUUUUCGGGGCCGUGUUAAGCUUUUCAUUUGUAGUUUUAUUAAUGAUCGGGAAAAAUUUGUGGAAAACGUGACGAUUUACGAAAUAACGAUCUUACUUUUUUAUUUUGUUGUAGUUCAGUUAAAAAUAAUCGUAGAUACCCGAAACAUUCAUUAAUUCCCUAUAUAAUAUUAGUACUUUGUAUGUGUGGUAUAAUUUUUAAACCGUGCCGGCGAUUUUCGAGCUAUUUGUAGAGAUUUUGAAUUUUCGAGUUCUUUUUAAUUUUUAUUUGGUUUGUUGUGAAAACUUUUUAACUUCACAAAAAGGCUAGAUGAUUGUAUACAAGGUUAAUCGUAAAUUAUUCUCGUUUAUUGUUCGAAUUUCAAUGAAAAUAGUAAAAUCACGACAUUUCGCCUAAUUUCCGAUUCAUGUAAAUAUAAUUGUUGACAAAUUUUCAAAACCUUGAGUAGAAAAAUUUAUUGUUAUUUGCUUUGUAGUUCCAAAUAAAUUCAGUUUUUAAAUAUUUAAGUUUAUCACAACAAACUUCGCUCACAAUCAUUUUUUGUUUGCUGCAAUUCAUUGUUGCGUACACAAUUACUGAUUUAAAUCAAAUUAAUCUGAUAUAUUAUAUCCUAUCUAGAUUUUUUAAUGUAUUUAUUAUUAUUAUUAUAGUUUGUUGCUUUGGCCAUGGUUAUGGUUGUAGCGUCGGCUGAAGAAUUACGAAGUAAAAAAGAAGCCGUCUACAAUCCUUAUACGCAAACCGCAGGUAAGACGUUUUAUUUCAAUUUAAUAUAAUACAAUUCAAAAUUUAGGGGAGAAAAAUUCGCAUAAUUGUUGACAACAAAAAACCAAAUAUUUACAUACAUAUCAAAUCAAUCAAGUUUCAAUGAAAUGCUCUUCUCGAACUUGUAUUGGAAAACUUAUAAAUAGUUAUAAUACCUGCUAUACGAAAAGUACGAUAUACGUACGUAGCAUCGGAAAAAACGACGAAUAGGUGUUCCGCCGGUUUCGGUCACCCGGACCCGUGUUAAGUAUAUUAAUUAGAGACUUUAUCCAAAACGUUACUGAGUUGGUUUCCAGAGAUUUGCGUGGUUUUAGGGAUUUUACAAAACAUAACCUACAGCUGGUCCAAAAACAAUACUGUUUCAAGCAAGUAAUUUAUAGUGCAGUGGUGGCUCGUGAGCUUUAUAAGCGACAAAGCAGAUAUUAUGAAAAUAACAAAGGGUGUAAAAGAAUUAAUAUGCACGGGAAGCUAAAUAAUAUACACAGAAAUAGAAUCGAAAAUAGAAAACGAGAUGCUGCGUAUGGUUAAUUAUUACUUGUUGAUUUUAAGCUUUAAUAAAUUCGGAAAUUAUUUCGAUAAUUUAAAACCAUUUAGUAGGUGUUUUUAAGUAACGGGCACAUAAUUAUUAUUUUUCCUAAAACCGAUCAAUAGCUUACUAUGUUUUGAACAAAAUUCAAUUUGAGAUUUUAGAAAGAUGGCAUUUAUUAUUAACUACCUGGGCGUAUUUUUUGAAUUUACGUUUAUAUCGCCGAUGUUUUUAUAACCAAUUCUUUGCAUCUGUAAUUUUCGGUUUUUCUUCACUUACAUAUGUCAUUUAAACGUGAUCAUUGGUUUGGUUUAUUUUGAUAUUGUAUUUCGUUUAUUUUCAAAUAUUCAUGCGUAAACUUUUUCAAGGAAAGUUUUAUCAAUAACCUGUUGAUGUCGCAAAACCGAUACUAAGUAAUAGCGUAGUUUUUACACUUGAUAACUUUUUUUUUUACACUUCUAGGUCUUAGUUUCAUUUCGUUAAACAGUCGAUUUCCCUAUCAUAUCAUGUAUAUUAAAAUAUUAUUGUAUUGUGAAAACCGUAAACGAAACGGCGCCUCACUUGCUUCAUGUGACGAGCCACCAUUGAUGUAUAUACGGUCCUAAGCGUAAACGUAAAAUCUACCGCUGCCUAGUCGGUGAAAAACCACGACGACAUAAUAUUACCGCCGGGGCCGAACUUUGAUGAGACGCGUAAUCACACAAGUCCCCCUUCCAUCUCGGGAUUUGGCAAUUACGACGCGUCUUUUCUGUCGAUUCGAUUUAUUUGUACAGAAACGUCACCGAUUUGUUUUACUCGUCACGUUCAAUCGUACAUCUUGUUGAGAACCCUUGAAUACGCGUAUUAUAGAGAUACAAGCUCGCUGUAAAUUCCACGGUGGAAACGUACAUUUUACAGACGAUUUUUUACCGUUCCUAAAGUCGUGCGUACCCUCAUUUUAAACGAUUUCGCAAAUCAUAUUUUACAUUUAUUCAGGUACCUUAUAGUCCAUACACACAAUAUAAAAUAUACUGUAUUAGGUGAUUUCGUGAAAAUUGUUUUCUUAUGACGUGAACGCGCCGUAAAACUGCAGAUUUAAGCUAUAUUGAGUUUUUUUCUAAUAAAUUCCGUUAAUUUGAUGUUGUCGCAAUACAUCGUAUUAAAAUUUGAAACUUAAUUAUUAUAUAUUAUUAGAUUUCUUUAAAAGUAUAAAAUUAAUCGAGGUACUUAAAUUAAAAAAAAAAAAAAAAACAAUAUUACAUACUUCACGUUCUUUAUUUACAUUUUAUACUCGUAUUAAUAUGUUUUAUAUUAUUUCUAUUAAAACAAAAUCACCCGAUUUAUCGACAAUUUUUUUUUUACGUUCACAUAUCUCUAAGGCUAUGUAUUUUAUAAUAUGUGGUCGUGAAUCUCGAGUGAAAAAAAUUGAAGAGCUCAUUGUAACAAGAAGAGUCAAAAAUUAGUUCCGUGAUUUUUCGAAAAGACGAUGAUAAGGACUUGUCCGGUUUAACCGAAUUCCGGGCGAAAUUAAGACGAGUCCCUACAAUUUAAGCGGAUAGUUUUUUUUUUUAUUUUUUCUAAACAAUUUCGGAGAGUGGACUUGUCUUGUUGUUGUACCGAACCCUCCAAUUACGACGUAGUGCAGUUCGCUUAAACCGACGAUAGUUAUCCAAGUAUCGGAUCCGAGUAUCCGAGAGUGUAUUAUUAUUGUAUGAGCAAUCUAUUCUCUUGUAAUAAUAUUGUGUUUCUUCGAUUGCGUUUCGCGAUGUAAACGGCUCAACGGUAUAGAAUAACAUCGUGGAAAUUUGUUUUGUCGUUCACGCUAACGAUUCGACGGAUAUCGAAUGAAACGGUUGAAAAAAAAAUAGUCAUCCAAGCCUGAAACAGUGUAACUCGGUCAGUAUUAUGUAUAUAUUGUAUAUAACUUGUAUGUUAUAGACGCGUAUUAACAAAAAACAAAAAAACCAGACCAUGACUGUGUUCGAUUUUGUAUAGGUAAAUUAUUUUAUAAUAAUAUUCAAAAUUAAAACUGUCAAUCGUUGCAGUGUCCGUCAAAUCGUCCGAAAACGGUAAACCUAGGUAUUACAGAUUGUAGAACAAAGACAACAAAAAAAAAAAAAACGAUUAAUAGUAUUCGUUAUAUUAUUAUUAUAAUGUGUCGUAUACGAAUAAUUAAAAAAGAAAAUUACCAAUAAUUAUUGCUGUACAAUUUGAUCGGUAAAAAUAGUUUUUUCCGUUAAAAUACCGCAAUACUGUAAACAAUUAUUCGUCAUCGAAUCUUAUUGGCUGGGUUUACAGAUAAAAAAAUGCAACACAUUUCAAAUGGGUACUACAUACAUUCGCUCGUUAUUAUAAUAGUAUUAUAAGAGCUUGCGCAUUCGAGGUCAUAAUAUUAUUAUUUAAUUGAUGAAAAUAAAAAUUAAAAAAAAACGUGUUUUCAAUUUAAUUAUAUUAUUUGCAAGCACAUUUAAUAAUUAAAAGAAAUAUAUUGUACAAUUUCAAACCGGGAAAUUCAAUUUACAAGUUCGAUUCGAUUCGCAUUUUUCGAACCGAGUUAUAAUACUGAUAAAGUGAUAAGUUAUAGUAAUCGUUUUAUUUUUUUUAAUUUUACGUUUUCAUUUUCAAACACCUAUAAAUACGACGAGUGCACUUUAUAAAGCGUCUCAUUUUUCUUUCUACACUAAUAAAUUCGUGUGAAACGUAUUUGUAUAUUGAUUUUUGAAAAAUUGAUAAAACUAUAAUUAGUAGCUAUGUUAUUUAACGAUUUACUACCUAUUUAAAAAGUUGUUUAAUAUAUUUUACUCCUGUGAACUCAUCUGCGACACAUACUAAAUGUUUUUAAAAGUUUGUCGGUAUUAUUGUAUGUUUGACGUCUUUCAAAAACCUAUUAGACUUAGUUUUUGACACAAAUCGAGUUUUAAAUUUUGCAGUGCUCCUACAUUCGCCAUUAUGUGCAUAAAAUAAACUUUUGCGUUAAAUCGCAAACUCGACACGUGUAAGAAAAUAAAGGUAUUAAAUAAUACAAUAAGAUGGUCUAAAAUAGUUUUGAUCAAAGUUUCCAUAAACGAAUAUCGAGCCGGGACUUUUAAAACGGCCGAUAUACGGAUGAUAUUCGAUUCGGAAAAUUUUUUUUUUUCUUCUUUAUAAAUGUUAGUAAUUUUUUUCGUUUUCAGACGCAAAACUAUAUUCAAGCGGACAGAAUUACUAUCAACCGACGCACACGCAGUAUUAUCAAUCGGCUUACCCGUACAACCAACAGUACUACAGCGACUACCAGCGCACCGGCCUUUAUCCGUACAACGCGUACCAACAGUACGGAUACCCCGCAGGUCAGUACGGGUAUCCCGCGAGCCAGUACGGUUACACCGGUCAGUACGGUUACACCGGUCAGUACGGUUACCCCGCAGGCCAGUAUGGUUACGCGGGUCAGUACGACCCGUACGCCUACCGUGGCGGUGCGUAUUCGGGUUACCAGAGCACGCCGAGCUACUACGCCGCCCCUGUGUCGCCACUGGUCGUCCGACAGGCACCGCCGUACCCGAGUCCCGGAGCCCAGCCGAUCAAUCCGCCCGUGCCGCAUCCGUUUUACCACACGGCCGGUACCUAUUACCCGUUGACCACCACCACGACCGAAGCUAACAAACCGACCGGACCGAAGUAAAACUUCAAAAAAAAAAAACAACAUAGUCUAAAGACGAUUUUAAUAUUAUAAUUCAUUAUUAUUAUUUUUUUUAAACACACAUUUGUAUAAAUACGUAAUACGGAAUUCUAUAAUAAUAUGCGUAGUUAAUAUUACGCGCUACACUAAUCUGUCUACGAAAACAUUAAUCGUAAAAGAGCUACUUAGUUAUAUUACAAUAAUGUAUAAAAUAACAACAACGAUAACAAUGAUGAUUUUUUUUAACAAUUCCGAUUCCGGUCGAAGCAGACGCGGUUCGAACAAUAAAAUUACAAAAUUAUUUAAUUCCGUCGCGAAAUAUUGUCGAACUCGCUUUAACCAAACAACUAAGCUAACACGGAUUAUUAUUUUUAUUAUUAUUGUUGUUUGUUCGAAUUGAAAAAGCACUUUUGUAUUCGCGGUUUUUAUCAACACGCUAUAAUAUUAUUAAUAUUUUUUAAUUUAUGCAAAAACAAUAUAUACAAAAAAAAAAAAAAAAAUAAUAAUAAUACAAAAUAAUAAACACAAUACUAUUCUAAUAAUAAUUAAAUUAAAUGUACACGGUUUUGUUUAUUUCUUUAUUAUUUUAUGUUAUAAAAUAUUCAGUUCUGAUGGUUUUAUUUUGUUGAAGAUUAUAUUAAUAAUACAUUGAUUGCGUCAGACACAAAUUUAUACGAAAAUUUCGUAUAAUAGAAACGUACUCCGGUAAUAAUGUUCGUUUUCCGCGCCGGGUCAAAAACAUCGUCUUGACGUCAUCUCGAGGUCACGUUUUCCCUUUGUUUUUCGGAAAUCUAGAUUCGAAAUCUGUUAUGUUUUUGACCGAUUUUAUCAAUUUACUUUCGGAGGGUUCUUCUUCGUCAAAGGAUUCGCCUAUUUCGCUCAUAGGUUCAUUCAUUUCGCCCAUUUCGUCCAGUCUGUGUUCUUCCAUGUCAUCUUCCACAUCUUGCUGAAACGGUUUCUCGGUCUCGGAUUCCACGUCCUCGUUUUCCGGACUUUCCUUCACGUCGUAACCGGUGCUGGGCUUGACCAGUUUCGGCGGCAUUCGAGAACCGUAAUUAUACAUCGUGCCCGUCGGCAUUGGCGCGUAGUACAAAAGCUUUUUAAAAUGUGGUUUCUUCGGUUUGUGACAGUGUUCGUUGUGCCCUUUGUGUCCCUUGUGUUUCGGUUUCUUUUUGGGUUUUUUCGGCUUGUGGCCGUGUUUCUUCUUGUGCCCUUUAGGGCCACACGGCUUGCACCUAGGUUUGUGUUUCGGUUUUACCGGAGCAUGGGGUCUGUGCGGUUGGGGACGGUGGUGGUAGAAAGGUCUACGGGGUAUAAUACGUGCGGGCACUCUACGGGUCAGCAACACGGGCGCCAAGUGUCGGUUUCUAAUUAUGAUACUGAGAUCCCUCAUCGGCCGAGCGGUUUUUUUCGGCGCAUCGGUUUGCUCCUCGUUUAUCGGAUCCAGAUCUUUGUCGAGUUCCCUCGGCUUCAACGAUAUGAUCGAAACCUCUUUUACCCUUUUUACGUGCUCAAAACUGUCGCCAUUGUCAUUCUUCGGCACUUCCACUUUUUCGGGAUCGCCUAUGAAUCUCUCCCCCGAAUCCAUUUCUUCCAGUCCGUCCGGACGUUUCGAUUUUUCCGGUUCUCCGUAUUCGUCGAUUUCAGGCUCACGAAUUGUUUGCGAUCUAAUUUUUGACGAAUCGGUUGGCAUCCAAGUAUCUGAUUCCGCGGACGAGUAUCCAUUCGGGUAGGAAUUUUCUACUGAUUUAAAUCCAUAGCUCCGUUUACUGAAGGCGUUCGGACCGUUUGUAGAUUUUGCCUGCGAAUCACUUGUAUCCGUACUGUUCUGUUUAGUGUGCUCGUCGUUUAAUUGUCGGCCGCACGCCAGUGCCGAUAACCAAAACAAAGUCAACUGAAAACACAUUUUGAACAUGGU